AGUCACCCAUGUUUGACGGAAAGGUCCCACACUGGUACCACUUCUCCUGCUUCUGGAAGGUGGGCCACUCCAUCCGGCAGCCUGACGUUGAGGUGGACGGAUUCUCUGAACUUCGGUGGGAUGACCAGCAGAAGGUCAAGAAGACAGCAGAGGCUGGGGGCGUGGCAGGCAAAGGCCAGGACGGAAGUGGCGGCAAGUCAGAGAAGACGCUGGGUGACUUUGCAGCGGAGUAUGCCAAGUCCAACAGGAGCACAUGCAAGGGCUGUAUGGAGAAGAUAGAAAAGGGCCAGGUGCGCCUCUCCAAGAAAAUGCUGGACCCGGAGAAGCCACAACUGGGUAUGAUUGACCGCUGGUACCAUCCAACUUGCUUUGUCAAGAACCGGGAGGAGCUGGGCUUCCGGCCUGAGUAUAGUGCCAGCCAGCUCAAGGGCUUUAGCCUCCUCUCUGCAGAGGACAAAGAAGUCCUGAAGAAGCAGCUCCCAGGAGUCAAGAGUGAAGGAAAAAGAAAAGGUGAUGAGGUGGAUGGAGCAGAUGAGGUGGCCAAAAAGAAAUCUAAGAAGGGAAAGGACAAGGACAGUAAGCUGGAAAAGGCCCUCAAGGCCCAGAAUGACCUGAUCUGGAACAUCAAAGAUGAACUGAAGAAAGCAUGUUCCACCAGUGACCUAAAGGAGUUGCUUAUCUUCAACCAGCAGCAAGUACCAUCUGGAGAGUCUGCGAUCUUGGACCGAGUUGCUGAUGGCAUGGCGUUUGGGGCCCUCCUGCCCUGCAAGGAGUGUUCAGGCCAGCUGGUCUUUAAGAGUGAUGCUUACUACUGCACUGGGGAUGUCACUGCCUGGACCAAGUGCAUGGUCAAGACACAGACUCCCAGCCGAAAGGAAUGGGUGACACCAAAGGAAUUCCGAGAAAUAUCCUACCUCAAGAAAUUAAAGGUCAAAAAACAAGACCGGAUAUUCCCUCCAGAGACCAGUGCCCCAGCGCCGCCGCACCCACCCUCUGUCACCUCCGCACCCACGGCUGUGAACUCCUCUGCCCCAGCAGAUAAGCCGCUGUCUAACAUGAAGAUCCUGACUCUCGGUAAACUCUCUCAGAGCAAAGAUGAAGCAAAGGCCACGAUUGAGAAACUCGGGGGCAAGUUGACGGGAUCAGCCAACAAGGCUUCCUUGUGUAUCAGCACUAAAAAGGAGGUGGAAAAGAUGGGUAAGAAGAUGGAGGAAGUGCAAGCAGCCAACGUGAGGGUUGUGUGUGAGGACUUCCUCCAGGACGUGGCUGCCUCCACUAAGAGUCUCCAAGAGCUGCUCUCCGCCCACAGCUUAUCCUCUUGGGGGGCUGAGGUGAAGGUCGAGCCUGUUGAAGUGGCGGCCCCCAAGGGGAAGUCAGCUGCACCCUCCAAGAAGAGCAAGGGCCCUGUCAAGGAGGAAGGUGUCAACAAGUCUGAAAAGAGGAUGAAACUAACUCUAAAGGGAGGAGCGGCUGUUGAUCCUGACUCUGGUCUGGAACACUCUGCACACGUCCUGGAGAAAGGCGGGAAGGUGUUCAGUGCCACACUUGGCCUGGUGGACAUUGUGAAAGGGACCAACUCCUAUUACAAGCUGCAGCUUCUGGAGGAUGACAAGGAGAGCAGAUACUGGAUCUUCCGGUCCUGGGGCCGAGUGGGCACUGUCAUUGGCAGUAACAAACUUGAGCAGAUGCCAUCCAAAGAGGAUGCUGUUGAGCACUUCAUGAAACUAUAUGAAGAGAAGACUGGCAAUGCCUGGCACUCAAAGAACUUCACAAAGUAUCCCAAAAAGUUCUACCCUCUGGAGAUCGACUAUGGCCAGGAUGAAGAGGCUGUAAAGAAGCUGACGGUAAAACCUGGCACUAAGUCAAAGCUCCCGAAGGCAGUGCAGGAGCUCGUCGGGAUGAUCUUUGACGUGGAGAGCAUGAAGAAGGCCUUGGUGGAAUACGAGAUUGACCUUCAGAAGAUGCCCUUGGGGAAGCUGAGCAAAAGGCAGAUCCAGGCCGCCUACUCUAUCCUUAGUGAGGUCCAGCAGGCAGUGUCCCAAGGCAGCAGUGACUCCCAGAUCCUGGAUCUUUCCAAUCGAUUCUACACCCUAAUCCCCCAUGACUUCGGAAUGAAGAAGCCCCCACUCCUGAACAAUGCAGACAGCGUGCAGGCCAAGGUGGAGAUGCUGGACAACCUCCUGGACAUUGAGGUGGCCUAUAGUCUUCUCAGGGGGGGGUCUGAUGACAGCAGUAAGGACCCCAUUGAUGUCAACUAUGAGAAGCUCAAAACUGACAUUAAGGUGGUUGACCGAGACUCUGAGGAAGCUGAGGUCAUCAGGAAGUAUGUUAAGAACACUCAUGCCACCACACACAAUGCCUAUGACCUGGAAGUGAUGGAUAUCUUUAAGAUAGAGCGUGAGGGAGAGAGCCAGCGCUACAAACCCUUCAAGCAGCUGCACAAUCGGAGGUUACUGUGGCACGGGUCCAGGACCACCAACUUUGCUGGCAUCCUGUCACAGGGUCUGCGGAUAGCCCCACCUGAAGCACCUGUGACAGGCUACAUGUUUGGAAAAGGGAUCUAUUUUGCUGAUAUGGUGUCCAAAAGUGCCAACUACUGCCAUACAUCUCAGGGAGACCCGAUUGGCUUGAUACUGUUGGGAGAAGUCGCCCUUGGAAACAUGUACGAACUCAAGCAUGCGUCACAUAUCAGCAAGUUACCCAAGGGCAAGCACAGUGUCAAAGGCUUGGGCAAAACGACCCCUGACCCUUCGGCCAGCAUCACCCUGGAGGGUGUAGAGGUUCCACUGGGGACAGGGAUCCCAUCGGGUGUUAAUGACACCUGCCUACUAUAUAACGAGUACAUCGUCUAUGACAUUGCUCAGGUGAACCUGAAAUACCUGCUGAAACUGAAGUUUAAUUUUAAGACAUCCCUGUGGUAAGUG